AUGGACCGUCUAUCCUUCUUGACCGUACACUUUGAUCAACAUGAUCCCCGGUCGGCCGCCACCAAAGAGGGUCGGCGUCAGUCCGAGUUCGACCUCGACUACUCCCCCUUGCCGCGAGUGACUAUGCGCACCUUCGUCAUGGCCCUUCUAGUCUCCAUGGGUGGAGUGAUCUUCGGAUACGACACAGGCCAAAUCUCCGGCUUCCUCGAAAUGCCCGACUUCCUCGACAGGUUCGGGCAGACGAACAGCGACGGAGAAAAGUACUUCGGCACGGUGCGCUCGGGACUGAUCGUGGCCCUCCUGUCCAUCGGCACGCUGAUAGGCGCGCUGGCGGCGGCGCCCAUAGCAGACCGAUUCGGACGACGGCCUUCCAUCUCUUUCUGGUGCAUCAUCACGUCGGUGGGCUUCGUGAUCCAGAUAGCGGCCGAUAGGGCAUGGUACCAGAUCAUGAUCGGCCGUCUCGUCGCCGGUCUGGGGGUGGGGGCCCUGAGUCUCCUGGUGCCCAUGUACCAGGCCGAGACGGCGCCGUACUGGAUCCGCGGAGCCCUGGUGUGCGCGUACCAGCUCUUCAUCACCCUGGGCAUCUUCCUGGCCGCGUGCUUCAACUACGGCACCGUCACACACCAGCGCUACAACUCGUCGUCGUGGCGCAUAGUCAUCGGCCUCGGAUGGCUGUGGACCGCCAUCCUAGGCGUCGGAAUCCUCUUCCUCCCCGAGACCCCCCGGUACGACUACCGCCACGGCCAGAAGGAGAGGGCCGAGAAGACGCUGACCAGCAUCUACGGCGCCUCGUCCAACCACUGGAGCAUCCGGACCCAGCUCGACGAGAUCGAGAGCAAGCUGCGCGCAGAGGACCAGCUGAUCAGCAGCGGCGCCAUGUCCGAGUUCAUAGGCAUGUUCAGGGCCCCCCGCAUGGCCUACCGCAUCGCCCUGGGCGCGGCCCUCCAGAUGUUCCAGCAGCUCACCGGCGCCAACUACUUCUUCUACUACGGCACCACCAUCUUUCAGUCUGUCCAGAUCGACUCGUACAUCACGCAGAUCAUCCUCAACACCAUCAACUUUGCCGCCACCUUCGUCGGUCUGUACAUGGUCGAGUACUUUGGCCGCCGCAACUCACUCAUCUGGGGCGCUCUCUGGAUGUUCGUCUGCUUCAUGAUAUUCGCCUCCGUCGGCCACUUCCUCCUUGACCUCGACGAUCCCCAGUCUACGCCCACGCCCGGAAUCGUCCUCAUCGUCUUUGCCUGUCUCUUCAUCUUGGGCUUCGCCACCACCUGGGGUCCUAUGAUCUGGACUCUCCAGGCCGAGCUCUUCCCCUCUCGCUACCGUGCCAAGGGCAUGGCUAUAGCAACAGCGAGCAACUGGAUCUGGAACUUUAUGAUUGGUUUCUUCACUAAAUUCAUCACAAACGCCAUUGAUUUCCGAUAUGGUUACGUCUUUGCCGCCUGCAACUGCGUCGGUGCCCUCAUCGUCUACUUUUUUGUCAUCGAGGGCCAGGGCCGGACCAUCGAGGAGAUCGACACGGCCUAUCUCGAUCGCGUCGUUCCCUGGAAGAGCAGCCAGUGGGUGGCUCCCCCUCCCGAGGAGAUGGCCCGACGGAGACGCGAGGCUGGCACGGAACUCGACCCCGAAGCCCUCAAUGAGCAGCGUGGUAGCGAAGAAGCGGCUGGGGGCCAUGAAGCUAAGGCCGAGGAACAUAAUGGCGGUGAUGUUCAGCACGGAGAGCACGCUUGA